CAGCGCAGCGGCCCCGGCGCAGGAGGAGGCGCCGUGCGCGGCCCGAGUCCCCGGGCGCUGCCGCCGGCGGGGGGACAGCGGCGGCUCCGCGCUCCCGGCGGCUCCGCUCCGCUCGCCGGCUCAGGUCUUGCAUGCUGUGACACAAAGGUCUCCUCGCCUGGUGUGCUAUGUUCAUGUUUUGAAAUCAAGAUUGAUUAGCCAACACGAGAAGACCCAGCUGGUUAUGUGACUCAGAACCCCGUUCAUGAGGCACUUGCUUGUUUUUACAAGACAACUGUCCAGAGGAAGAAAUGACCAUGUAGAUUCUACAGCUUGGGUGCAACAUAAUGGGAAAUGGUGAAUGGAGUGGAGCUGGACUGCAGCCUUGAGAGCAGCUGUUCUGUGACCUCCAGUCUGUCAGGGGCAUCCUCCACGUCGCUCGCCGGACACACGCGGGAUUCUUUUUAAUUUCUCCGAUUUGGAAUUUGAGAUUCCUCUCCUUCAAUUUUUAAACAGUUUUAAGAUUGUAUCAACUACAAAGAGUGGAGCAAUAUAACCAGCCACGAUGGGUGACAUGACAAAUAGCGAUUUUUAUUCCAAGAACCAAAGAAAUGAGGCCAACCAUGCAGGAGAGUUUGGGUGCACACUGCAGGAACUGCGCUCCCUCAUGGAACUCCGAGGGACAGAAGCAGUAGUAAAAAUUAAAGAGACUUAUGGGGAAACAGAGGGGCUCUGCAGACAUCUGAAGACAUCACCAACAGAAGGAUUAGCUGGAACUGCUGCAGACCUAGAAAAAAGAAAGCUUAUUUUUGGAAAAAAUUUUAUACCUCCAAAGAAGCCAAAAACAUUCAUACAGCUAGUUUGGGAAGCGUUGCAGGACGUGACUCUUAUAAUCUUGGAAAUUGCAGCCAUCAUAUCUUUGGGGCUUUCGUUUUAUCAGCCACCUGGAGAAGGGAAUGAAGGGUGUGGUACUGCAACAGGAGGGGCUGAGGAUGAGGGCGAGGCCGAAGCUGGCUGGAUUGAAGGUGCUGCCAUCCUCCUGUCUGUCAUCUGCGUUGUCCUGGUCACUGCCUUCAACGACUGGAGCAAGGAGAAGCAGUUCCGGGGGCUGCAGAGCCGCAUCGAGCAGGAGCAGAAGUUCACCGUGGUGCGAGGGGGACAGGUCAUCCAGAUCCCCGUGGCAGAGAUCGUGGUUGGGGACAUUGCACAGGUCAAAUACGGUGACCUUCUACCUGCUGAUGGGAUAUUUAUUCAAGGAAAUGAUCUCAAAAUCGAUGAGAGCUCCUUGACUGGAGAGUCCGACCAGGUGCGCAAAUCCGUGGACAAAGACCCGAUGCUGCUGUCAGGCACCCAUGUCAUGGAAGGCUCUGGGCGGAUGCUGGUGACUGCUGUGGGGGUGAAUUCUCAGACUGGCAUCAUCUUCACUCUGCUGGGAGCUGGGGGAGAAGAGGAGGAGAAGAAAGACAAGAAAGGUGUGAAACAGGAGGAGGAACAGCAGCUUCCAGUAGAUUCUUCCCAUCCCUCCUCCCACCCUCCUCCAGCCACAGAUGGUGCAGCAGGUGCAAAUGCCACUGAUAAUGCAAAUGCCAGCUUAGUCAAUGGCAAGAUGCAGGAUGGGAAUAUGGAGAACAACCAGAACAAAGCCAAGCAGCAGGAUGGGGCUGCUGCCAUGGAGAUGCAGCCGCUGAAGAGCGCAGAAGGGGGAGAGGGAGACGACAAGGACAAGAAGAAAUCCAACAUGCACAAGAAGGAAAAAUCCGUCCUGCAGGGAAAGCUGACCAAGCUGGCAGUGCAGAUUGGCAAAGCAGGUCUGGUGAUGUCUGCCAUCACUGUCAUCAUCUUGGUACUGUAUUUUGCUAUUGACACCUUUGUGGUCAACAAGAAGCAGUGGUUGCCUGAGUGCACUCCUGUCUACGUUCAGUAUUUUGUUAAAUUCUUCAUUAUUGGUGUUACUGUGCUCGUGGUUGCUGUUCCUGAGGGACUCCCACUUGCUGUCACUAUUUCUCUGGCUUAUUCUGUAAAGAAAAUGAUGAGGGACAACAACCUGGUGCGGCACCUGGACGCCUGCGAGACCAUGGGCAACGCCACGGCCAUCUGCUCGGACAAGACGGGCACGCUGACCACCAACCGCAUGACCGUGGUGCAGGCCUACGUGGGCGACGUCCACUACAAGGAGAUCCCCGACCCCGACUCCAUCCCUGCCAAAACCAUGGAGCUGCUGGUCAAUGCAAUUGCUAUCAACAGUGCUUACACGACAAAAAUUCUGCCACCAGAAAAAGAGGGCGGGCUGCCUCGCCAGGUGGGCAACAAGACGGAGUGUGGCCUCUUGGGGUUUGUCCUGGAUCUGAAGCAGGAUUACGAGCCCGUCCGCAGCCUCAUCCCCGAGGAGAAGCUCUACAAAGUUUACACCUUCAACUCUGUGAGGAAGUCCAUGAGCACGGUCAUUAAAAUGCCAGACGGCAGCUUCCGCAUGUACAGCAAAGGAGCCUCUGAGAUUGUUCUCAAGAAGUGUUCCAGGAUCCUCAACGCGGCUGGGGAACCGCGCAUCUUCAGGCCCCGCGACAGGGAUGAGAUGGUGAAGAAGGUGAUUGAGCCCAUGGCCUGUGAUGGGCUGAGAACCAUCUGUGUGGCCUUCAGAGACUUCCCCAGCAGCCCUGAGCCUGACUGGGACAAUGAGAACGACAUCUUAUCCGACCUGACUUGCAUCUGUGUUGUUGGCAUUGAAGACCCAGUAAGGCCAGAGGUGCCAGAAGCCAUCCGGAAGUGCCAGCGAGCCGGGAUCACCGUGCGCAUGGUCACCGGAGACAACAUCAACACUGCGCGUGCCAUCGCCAUCAAAUGUGGCAUCAUCCACCCCGGAGAGGACUUCCUCUGCCUCGAGGGGAAGGAGUUCAACAGGAGGAUCCGAAAUGAGAAGGGAGAGAUCGAGCAGGAGCGGAUUGACAAAAUCUGGCCAAAGCUCCGGGUGCUUGCUCGCUCUUCCCCCACGGACAAACACACUUUGGUGAAAGGUAUUAUUGACAGCACACAGGUGGAACAGAGGCAGGUGGUAGCUGUGACUGGGGAUGGAACCAACGAUGGACCUGCACUUAAAAAAGCUGAUGUUGGCUUUGCAAUGGGCAUCGCGGGCACAGACGUGGCCAAGGAGGCCUCGGACAUCAUCCUGACGGACGACAACUUCAGCAGCAUCGUCAAGGCCGUCAUGUGGGGCCGCAACGUCUACGACAGCAUCUCCAAGUUCCUGCAGUUCCAGCUCACUGUCAACAUCGUGGCCGUCAUCGUGGCCUUCACCGGUGCCUGCAUCACCCAGGACUCUCCCCUGAAGGCCGUGCAGAUGCUGUGGGUGAACCUGAUCAUGGACACGUUUGCCUCGCUGGCGCUGGCCACGGAGCCGCCGACCGAGGCGCUGCUGCUGCGCAAGCCCUACGGCCGCAACAAGCCGCUCAUCUCCCGCACCAUGAUGAAGAACAUCCUGGGCCACGCCGUCUACCAGCUCACCCUCAUCUUCACCCUGCUCUUUGUCGGUGAGAAAAUGUUCAAGAUUGACAGUGGGAGGAACGCCCCUCUUCACUCUCCUCCUUCCGAGCACUACACCAUCAUCUUCAACACCUUUGUCAUGAUGCAGCUUUUCAAUGAGAUCAACGCCCGCAAGAUCCACGGCGAGAGGAACGUCUUCGACGGCAUCUUCAGAAACCCCAUUUUUUGCACUAUUGUCCUGGGCACCUUCGCUAUUCAGAUAGUAAUUGUCCAGUUUGGAGGAAAACCGUUCAGCUGUUCUCCCCUGCAGCUGGACCAGUGGAUGUGGUGUGUAUUUAUUGGAUUAGGAGAGCUGGUGUGGGGUCAGGUCAUUGCAACCAUCCCAACAAGUAGGCUAAAGUUUUUAAAGGAGGCAGGGAGGCUCACUGAGAAGGAGGAGGUCCCUGAGGAAGAGCUCAAUGAAGAUGUUGAAGAAAUAGAUCACGCAGAGAGAGAACUCCGACGUGGACAAAUCCUCUGGUUCCGAGGGCUCAACAGAAUCCAAACCCAGAUCGAAGUAGUCAAUACUUUCAAGAGUGGCACUUCCUUUCAGGGGGCUCUCAGGAGACAGUCCUCCGUCACAAGCCAGACCCAGGAUGUAACCAAUAUUUCUAGCCCUAGUCACGUAUCGUUAUCCAAUGCUCUUUCCUCUCCUACCAGCACCUCUGCUGCUGCGGCUGGGCAUCCGCGUCGUGAAGGCAUUCCGUAGCUCUCUCUAUGAAGGUUUAGAAAAACCAGAAUCUAGAACCUCUAUUCACAACUUUAUGACUCAUCCUGAAUUUAGGAUAGAAGAUUCCCAGCCCCACAUCCCACUCAUUGAUGACACAGACCUAGAAGAAGACCCUGCUCUCAAGAAAAACUCGAGUCCACCGUCCUCGCUGAACAAGAACAACAGUGCUAUCGACAGUGGAAUCAAUCUUACAACUGAUACAAGUAAAUCAGCUACCUCUUCUAGUCCAGGAAGCCCAAUACAUAGCCUGGAGACAUCACUUUAGCUGAAAAGGUCACUGCAAAAAGGAAAAAAAAAAGAAAUAUAAAAAGUUAAAGUAAAAUAAAAUAAGAAACCCCACAGCAACCGAGAUAUAUAAAUAUAUAUAUUAAAAACAUUGCUGGCUGAAAAGCUGUUUGAACUCUUAUUCACUCUGAGACAAGUGAAUGAAUUGUUGAUCACAAUGGUUUUGGGGAAAGAAUGAAUGGCUGAUUUACAUACCCCCCGUUCCCUUUCAGAAAAACAAAAACAAAAAAAAAUCCUCCUGCAUGAAUGUACUGUACACUGCUGGCCCUUCUUUCUCUCUUUUUGUUUGUUUUUAUUUCCUUUUGUUUUUUUGGGUUUUUUUGUUGUUUUUUUCCUCCUUAAGCAGGAACUGCAGAGGACUUCUUUCUGAGGCUAUUUAUCCAAUUCACUGGUCUGUGAGUUUUUGAAAUGCUUGUGUGGCAUGGACUCAAUUGUAUAGAUUAAUUUAAAUAACUUUUUUGAAGUUGCAAAGCUUAACUUGCACAGUAGAUUUGCACCAGUUGGACAGAGGAACUUAAACAUUUAUGAGACUAUAUAUAGAGAUAUAUACAUAUAAGUAUAUAGAUAAUUAAUUAUAUAUAUGUAUAUAUCUAUCUAUAUAUAUAUAGUUAUAUAUAUAUAAAGUUUCUUUGUUGGCAUGUUGCCUUGUUUCUGCUCAAAUUGCUCUGACUAUUUUAACUUAUUUAUGUCCUAAAAAAGAAUGUAAUUUGUUUACAAACCUGUAGAUAAUAUCCUUAACUAUUUGUAGGGUUAAGAAAGCACUUCCUGCCGAAGUAGUAUAAAAAUGGCUCAGCUCAGCUCAUUGAAAAUGUCUGUACUCUCGCACCCUGGAUAUUUUAUUACAACCGUGCUCUGAUUUCUGCCUGAUUUCCUUUUUGGGGUUUUUUUUUUUGGUCCUUUUUUUUUUGUUAAUAAUGUAGAUACUGCUAGUAAAUAACAAAAGAAGCCAAAAUAUAACACAUUGGAUGUAGCAUUGUGAUCCUAUAUACAGGGAGGUAAACCAGGCUUCCUUUGUUUCAAAUAAAAAUCAAAAUGAUCAGGUUCUCUCCUUUUUUUUUUUCCUUCCUUCCCUCUGAUAAUCUGCUUGAACUCGUUUUGGUGCAACAUACAAUAAUGGAGGCUAUUUCAUUCUUCAGACAUACAGCAAUGGCUUUGGAAACUAUUUUUAGAGAGACAUUAAAUGAGUUUAUAAUUUAAAAUAAGUUACACUUGGUUUGUCUAUAUGGAGAUAAAAGAAAUGUUAAAAUCUUGUGAUAUUCUGUGUUAAUCCUUUUCAAUUAGUACUUUAGGCAUUUAUUUCCUUAUUAUUUGCAAAGUAUGGGCUGUUGGCAUUUUGGAUGAAAAUCACUGUAGGUUGUUGCUUUGAUUUUUUUUUCAAGAAAAAUAUAAUUUCUGCACUAUUAGGACUGAACGAAUCUUUAUUAAUUGUGUAUUGAGAUGUGCUUUGUGUGAUUUUCCUUUGAUCAAGCUUGUGUUACUGCAGUAACACAGUAAUACAUUAUUUUACCUUCAGCUUUCUCACAAGAAAGCUGCUUGGAAAACCUGCAGUAUGGAAGGCUAAAAACAUUUUUCAAGAUGGUAACAGCCCUAGAAACAUAAAAAUUAUGAGCUUAUACAAUUGCUAUGUCAACCACUUGAAUGCUAAGCACUUUGUGGAUCACAGAUUUUUCAUAAAUAAUUUUUGUAUUUAAUAUAAAGUUUGCUUGGAGACUUUUCAGCAUAUGAUUUUUUCCAUAACUGUACAGUGCAAAAGACAUUUGGAAUUACACAAUCGAUCAUGCCAGGCGUGUUGGAACAAAACACCCUCCAACCAUCUCGAUCUGUUGAGUUGUUAAGGUGUUUUUCUGGUUGUCCUAAAGUUGGCUCCAUACAGUGGUGCAUCUCUGCAGUCACAGCAGCUUAACCAAGCCAGAACUCUCCAAACCAAGCGUAGACUCAUGGCCAAACUGCAGACUGACCCCCGGUGUUUUCAGGGUGCAUCAGGACUCUCAGCCAGGUAAAGCUCUGAGCAGCUUCCCUUGCCCGCUGCCGGACUCUGGGCCGGGAGCUCUGCUGGCUGGGCUCACCCUCAGCCCCGAGGGGCAGGCAGGGUGCCCGGGGGAGCAGUGGCACCCAGCAGGAGCCCCAGCUGUGGCAGCUGGCCCAGCAGCCAGGGAUGGGCGCCCAGGCAGGAAGGUGCUCUGUAACCGGGGGCUCCCCUGUUCUCCACGGAUUGGCUCCCUGGGGCCGGUGGGCGUCUCUGGCCGGAAGACAAAAGUGGUAUCUAUUUACAGGGAAGCCUCUAGCUUUGGACUCGAACAUCUACAGAAGCUAUUAAUACUGGAACAGUUUCUUUUCAGCAUCUUAACACACUGACUGUUUGCCUUUUUGUUUUCCGACACUCUUCAUAUUUUUUCUCGGUUCCAAUUUUUUUUUUUAAUUAUUUUUGAAUUUUUUCCUGUAGGAGUACCCCUCCCUAAGGUACCAUUCGCAGACUUGAAAACUGUUAAGAAAACGAACACUGCAUUCUGUGUAUAUAUAGUAAAACAUAUAUAAACUGAGAUGCAUAGAAAACUUGGGCUUUUGUGAGCAGAGACUGUGCUUUAUGUAUAUGAUAAAUGAUAGACUUUUUUUUUUUUUUAAAGCAGAAUAGCUAUGACCUUUCAACUACAAGUCGUGCAUCACAAUUCCUUUCUUUUAUUGCUUGACCUCUCUGUGAUGGGAACAAUGGAUCAAAAACCAAAAUGAUCAGUUUGUUAAAAUUCCCUGCAAUAUAUAAAUGCUCGCUCUCUACGUACUGUACUUAGCAGCAUGAGAUUUGUGGACAACAAUACAGUGGUACAUUGGCAAUCCAUCCCACUAGGGGUUAUUAAUAUAUGUUCAUUCAUCUGUUUUUAUGAAUUUUUUUAUCUAGACAAUAAUUGUAAAUAAAGAACUUACUCUGUCUGUUCAUUUAAUACUAUGCAAAAGGUUAUGCUUUCUAUUGUUAUUCUUAUUCCUACAGUGUGAUGCUGGAAUGUUUGUGGUUUCAAAAAAAAAACAAACAAAAAAGACAAAAGUAAGUAAAAUAUGUGAUGUAAAUUAUUUUAUAGUUUGAAACAAAAUGAUAAAGAUUUACUCUUGCUGCUUUCUGUCUAAUAGAUCUCUCUUGGCAGGAGCACAAGUGGAAAAUUUAAAGAAAUAAAUUCACAAAGCAGCAUGAACAAUAA